CCUACAGCUACACCCGUUUGAGAGGGGAAACUCCUCCUGGGCUCGUCCUCACUUGCAGCUGGACCAGCCACCGGCUGUGCCCUAAGGAGCAGACCCUAUUAUUAAGAAAGGGGCUGAACUUCCAGACAAAAUGAACCAAUCAGCGUCGCAUCCGUCAAUGAGAUAACUGACUCCAAAGAGUUCCUUUCGCUCCACUUAUUAACUUGUGUUUUCUCUCCGUGUUCGCUUCGGAGACAACCAGCAGCCAGCCCCGAGGAGAGCCGUCUCCUGCCAGGAAGCGACAUGAAGCGGCUAGACGAGCACAUCUGGUCGCUGUUCAGGCGUCACUUGCAGCAAACCCUCACCUACUGGAGCGUGUUCUUCAGCGUCGGUUUGUGCGUCGCCUUUCUGGGACCCACCAUCCUGGACCUGCGCUGUCAGACCCAGUGCACCUUGCAGCAGAUCACCUGGGUCUUCUUCUCGCAGCAGUUCUUCCUGCUGGUGGGCAGCAGCGUGGGAGGAUUUUUCAGUAAAACCCUGCUGUCCUCCUUGUCAGCCCUCUUCACCUCCACUCUGAUCAUCUCACUUGUAUUUACCAUCAUACCACUGUGCCACCAUGUGAUCCUGCUGUCCAUUGCUAUGGGAGUGGCUGGAAAAGCCAUGGGUGUCAUAGACACCAUUGGGAACCUGCAGCUGGUGAAGCUCUACCAGAAGGACUCAGCCGUCUUCCUGCAGGCUUUGCAUUUCUUCAUAGGCCUUGGAGCACUGGUCAGCCCCCUCGUGGUUGAUCCAUUCCUGGCCGAUGACAGCUGUGUCCUUUCAGCCAACUGGACUGCCAACUCAUCAUCCCCAGACCUCGAGCACCUGCGAAACACCCUGGCUGGGCACGGGGCUGCGCUGCACAACACCUCCCAGUACCCACUAUACACCGAUGGUGUUGUCGUCACCAGGGUGUCGUAUGCUUUCUGGAUCAUGGCCAUUAUGAAUCUCCCUGUGCCAACAGCGGUCCUUGCAUUGGUGUUCCAUGAAAGACUGGUGUCCUGCUCCAGGAGCAGCCCCCCUCUGCUGGACAAGGAACUUGACAGUUCCACGUCAGCCAAGGACGAUGUUCAAGGACAUGGGGGAGUCUUCGACUGCUGUAGGCCUGAAAUUCUCCGAGGUCAACCUGCUACUUUCUUCGUCAUUCAUGCCCUAGGCGGAGCAAUUGUUUUCAUUACCGACGGAAUUAUAGGCUCCUAUGCUGGUUUUGUCUACACCUACGCGGUCUCCCCUCCUCUGCUGAUGGGCCACAAGACAGCAGGCUGUCUGGACAGCGUAUUUUGGGCCUCAGUCACAGCAGGAAGACUAUCUUUCAUCUUCCUCUCCUACAAAUACACAGCACCUCUGCUGCUCUCAAUUUGCCUGGUAUGACCACACAUUGAAAUCCUCUCUGGAAUGAAGCAAAGUAACUUUUGACUUCACAAAGCUAAUAUGAAGUCCGGCAAAGGUCUGGCAGGCUACUUAAACUCAAAUAUUUGAAGUGGGUGGGAAUGUAAAUACUGGAAUUAGGUGUCACAGGAUGUGAUAUUUGAGCUAAACAGUGUAUACAUACAGGCUCAGCAUCUUAUUAAGAAGACACCUGUCCCAGCCAUAUCUGUUUUCUUCUCAUAACUGCUGAAAACCUGGAUAGUGGCUGAGUCACUCAUUAAUGAGCAGAUGUCAGCCAGUCACACAGUGACAUUUCGGUGGUGGAUUGUUCCAAGGCACAAAGACUAUACGGUACAGGUGUGUGCUUCAGUAAACUUAAAAUAGCUUGGACAUUUUAUUAAGUGAGAUUCUGUCAAGUUAUCGUUGUGGCAGAAACAUGUCAAAUCAUUGUCAGCUUGUUGGAGGCUAAAAAAAUGCUUGGAGUGGUAAAAGCUGUCUGUUUGAGCUGACGUUAGCAACAACUCAAACUGAACCUCCAUAUCAGAUACAACGCUAUGUCAACAUACAUAGUCUACAAUUUCACAAAGGACAUCAAGUUUUGUGCUGGCUUGUUAAAGGUCAUGACUGCACUGUAUAAACUGUUUUAUGUUGUUGAUAUUGCUGCAUAUGUAAAUUCUAAGAUUUUAAUUUAAAGAAAGAAUGUUAGUGUCAGGGUGCAAUCCUGCCUACUGCACCCUGAACCUUCUGCCCCAGUGUACCAUGUAAGCUUUCUGCUAUGUUGCUGGUUCUCCCUGAUGUGCUGCUGACUCUCUUGCAACCUCAAGCUUUCCAGUGCUCCAAGUGACCUCUGUUUUGAGCUGCUGGUUCUCCUGCUACCCCUGCGUUUUCUCACCUGCUCUGGAGGCUUCCUGGUUCCUGCAGCACAGCACCUGCAGCUCUACAGCUCUCCACCUGCUCCAGCCCAGUAAAGACUCAGGUUCUCAUCCUCCACAACUCACCUUCUUUAAAAAAAUCUCUAACAGUGCUCAGUGUGUGUGGUUGUGUCCGGGUUCAUGAAGACAAUACAUGACAUUACAGACCGGCCAGAGAUGAACCCGACACACACGCUGAGCCUUGAGUCUCUGUUUAUGGAGCUCAGGAGGGUGCUGGAUAUUUGUGCCGCCUUUGAUCCGCCAUGGGCUCGGCUGAAAGCGGUGGAGAUUCUGUGGAACCAGUGGGGAGACAAAAUCCCGCUUCUGUCCACUCUGGGUGUUGAAAGAAGAGAAUGGAAUGGAUCCAAGCAACAGCCCGCGCCCAGUCUCUCCACAGGCUGCCACCACCUAGACCUCCGCCCACUAGUCUGUCCACCUCCACUGCCUUCUUCACCGCUACUGCAGUACCUGCCUCUCCCACCGCUGCUGCUGCACCUGCUGAUGCACCUGCUGCUACUGUCUCCACCGCAGCUCCCGCCACCUCACUGACCGCACCAGCCUCAACUCUGCCGCCGGGGUCCUCCUGACGCAAACGCUGGGCUCGCCGGCGCAGGAUCUCUUCCGAGAUGCAGCCUGGCUCUUCUGCUGUAACCACACCAACUGCGGCCGAUGUCACCUUCCUUUCUGGAUAGAGCACCCCACCUCCAUGAAGAUCAGCUGUGGGACUUUUUCUACGGGGACAGGGACGUGUUGGUCCGCCCCUGUUCCCGCUGACGAGAGUCCCGCAGCCUACGAGGACCGGGUGCACACCACCUCGCCGGCCGCCUCAGAAGUUCCAGCUGUGCACGCCAUGACCCAAGUCUGCGUGGGUGCACACACUCCAGCUUCACCGGCCGCCUCAGGAGAUCCCGCUGCACAUGCUGCGGCCCAAGCCUGCGUGGGUGUGCAUAGCUCUGCUCCGCCAAAAGACCCCGUCCUGCUCCACCGGCCGCCGAAAGACCCCGUCCUGCUCCACUGGCCGCUGAAAGACCCCGUCCUGCUCCGUCCUAGCUCUCCGUAGUUUCUGUUUGUUCUGGCUUCCCCUUGUUUCCCAGUUGUUCUAGUUCUCCUGAGUCCUCCUAGUUGCUAUGGUGUUUAGAUUUUUCUUUUCCUGACGUAUUAGACGCCCUCUGAUUCCUGGCAUUGUCUCUGUUCCCUGGCGUAUUAGACCCCCUCCGUUACCCUGGCGUUUAGAUUUACUCGGUUUCCCGGCGUGUUGGACGCCCUUUGGUUCCCAGCCUUUUGGAUUUUUUUCUGUCUCCCUCGGUUUUUGAUAGUUCUCUGGUCCCUGGCGUGUUAGGACACCCUCCGGUCCCUGGCGUGUUAGGACGCCCUCUGGUCCCUGGUGUUUUAGAUGUUCUCGUUUUAUGCGCCCGGCGUUUCCCUUGCACCCCGGCAUUUCCCCUGGCGUUUUCGCAUGCCUGUCCUUCCCUCUGGCAUUUUCGUACGCCUGUCUUUCCCUCUGGCGUAAGUAUGCCUGUUCUUCCCCCUGGCGUUUCCGGUGCAUUAGUUGUGCGCCAGCGUUUUGGUACGUCUGAGCCCUGAUAUUUCCUGGCUUUUGGAAGCCAGUGUUGCCAAAUUUUGCGGGAGCUGCAAGCAACCAGCUGUAUUACCUCUAAUUUAUAAACAGUAUAAAUGAUCAUGCCCAAAGUCACUGAUAAUAAAUGGACCUGGCAACACAGCUAGAAGCCUGGAGUACAGUGCUGAGCAUUUCUGGGGGUUCCUUUUGCCCUCUAGAAAUGGUCAUUAUUUUACAAAUGUGCAAUAAGUCAUGACGUUUUGGGUUACAUCUUGUUAUAACAUCAAUAAUAUCAUAUAUAUUUAAUGUCUACUAUUUUAUAAUUGAAAGCAUAGAUGAACAUUGGUUUCAUCAUUGCUACAAGAAACUACAUCGCUACAACAAGUUUUUCCUAUUUUAUACAUCCUGGUUAAACGUUCGUCGAGGAGUACCAUAGGGCACACAGGGAGUGCCGCGUAGUGUUUUGUAUGAAAGUGUUGUAGCUGAGCUUUUGUGUUGCUGCAUGGCAACACAGGGCCCUUUGUUUUAGUCUAGUCUCCUUCACCCUAUUUCUAAGGGAGAGCCCAGACACACUACGGAGAAAACUCAUUUCGGCCACUUGUAUCCGGGACCUCGUUCUUUCGGUCAUGACCCAAAGCUCAUGACCAUAGAUGAGGGUAGGAACAUAGAUUGACCGGUAAAUCGAAAACUUUGCCUUUUUGCUUAGCUCUCUGUUCACCACAAUGGACCGGUACAGCACCCGCUUCAUAGCAGACGCAGCACCAAUACA